GUUUUGUGUACGUUUUGUACGUAUACAAAACGUAAUGAAAUAUACAGCACCAGCGCCACAUGCACGUCUGUAACUUUCUCCCGUAUUGACGCGGCCCGCAAACUCGAGCAAGCAGAGCAUUCGAAGGACUGAAAACCUUUCAACUUCACCCAUUAAUCUAUUCGAAAUGUCGCCAACAUCGACUACCACAGCCGCCGAGGCUAAAGUUAUCCACCCCGAUAAUGUGCAGUACCCCUGGUAUCAACUCCUGGUUCGAACAUGGUCUGGGACGCUAUACCUAUAUACCGAUGAGGAAAUCGCCAAGAUCAGCGAAAGCUUCACGCCUCUCGACGAAUUACCGCCAGUAUUCGACCCCUGGUCGGAACUGGUCAAGCUCACUCCGCCCACGUUCUACUACGGUUGGCCAGUGGACACAAAGCUGAUGCUUGAAUAUGCUCGACGCAUGGGACUGGUUUACCCCCAAUCAGGAACUCCAUCCAGUCCAACCGAGGUUGCCCAAGCCGAAUCUUGGACGCUCGUCAAUGUGGAAGAGUAUCUCGAGGACGUUGUAUCCCUCGAGCAGACAUAUGGCAGCCAGAACGCGCAAGAACGGUCACUGCUGAUCUGGUCACUGUAUACCAAUUGGACGCCUCUUGACGAGCGUAUGGACGAAGAGGAAAUAGCCGAGUGGCAGGCAGAUUUGGGGUACAAGGAGGGGCCGAAGUGGUAUCUGACUUGCAGUGCAUAA